AUGUUGAAUUUUGUGUUCGUUGCUCGCAGACUUGAAUCAGAACUCAUUCAAAGCUUCUCCAUUUUCAGGUCAAAGAGGGGCGUAAAGAACUGCGCAAUGGCGCCUCCGCCAGUCUUGGCUCUAGCGCUGCCAUCAGAUACCGGUCGGGUUCUAAGUAUUCAGUCGCACACUGUUCAGGGAUAUGUGGGUAACAAAUCGGCUGUGUUUCCUCUACAAUUACUUGGCUAUGAUGUUGACCCUAUCAAUUCUGUACAGUUCUCAAACCACACAGGAUAUCCGACUUUCAAGGGCCAAGUUUUGAAUGGAGACCAACUUUGGGAUUUGAUUGAGGGCCUUGAGGCAAAUAACUUAUUGUACUAUACUCAUCUACUUACAGGUUAUAUUGGUUCGGUCUCGUUUUUGAAUACUGUUCUUAAAGUUGUAGAGAAGCUAAGGUCUAUCAACCCAGAACUUACGUAUGUUUGUGACCCAGUUUUAGGAGAUGAAGGAAAACUCUAUGUACCUCAGGAAAUGGUAUCGGUAUAUCGGGAGAAGGUUGUGCCUGUUGCAUCUAUGUUGACACCAAAUCAGUUUGAAGCUGAAUUGUUGACAGGUUACAGGAUUUUGUCUGAGAAAGAUGGUAGGAAAGUUUGCAACAUUCUUCAUGCCUCUGGACCAUCAAAGGUUGUCAUAACAAGCAUAAAUAUAGAUGGCAAUCUUCUUGUAAUCGGAAGCCAUCAGAAAGAUAAGGGCGAACUUCCUGCACAGUUCCGGAUUUCAAUUCCCAAAAUUCCUGCAUAUUUCACGGGGACAGGAGAUCUAAUGACUGCGCUUUUGCUUGGAUGGAGCAAUAAAUAUCCCAACAACCUUGAUAAAGCAGCGGAGCUUUCUGUGUCAAGCUUGCAGGCACUCUUGGUGCGAACGGUGAAUGAUUACACAAGAGCAGGCCACGAUUGCCAGUCGAGCAGCUUAGAGAUUCGUUUGAUCCAGAGUCAAGAUGAUAUUAGAAACCCUGAGAUCAAAUACAAGGCUGAGUUAUACGACUAA